AGUAGUCCAGGUCUAGUGCGAACCCAUCUAUACCAAUGGCGGUAUACGUGAAACUUUUCGAAGCUCAGUCAGCAUCACCAAAGCAGUCGAGAUGCUGCAAUCUGCCUAACGCCCCUGACCCCUAAUAUCAUCUACCUACCAGCCUUUGGUCACUCCUCAAGUCCCUUCUCGUUGUCUCACCAUGUCGGCUCCGCGAUGGCUUCAGCAUCCGGUGACAGUCUUCUGCAUCCCUCUCGUGGCUUUCCUAUGUCUGCCGCAAAUCUACAAACUACUCCCUUAUAGCAUCAACCCAUCAUAUGAUGUCACUAAAAUGCAGAAAAUCGCAGACUUGAUGGAUGACAUAUACGGCACUCUUGCCAAUUCAACCUUCAUCCCGCACAAUGCCAUUACCCGUGGUCCACACACCAUCAACACAACAGCGAUUGCGUGCAAGCCGAGCGCCUCGGUGCUGCGGUUGAUCGAACUUCUGCCGUAUGUGGACAUCUCACUUGUCCAGGAGCCUGAUUGGAUAUACGGUGGGACUUUCAUGGACUAUCGAAAUCCAGAGCACCUUGAAGAACUCUGCGAUCCUCUGCGCGGACAAUCAAUUGGCUGGACAGACUACAUGGCACCAUCUGACGUUGCACUGACAAACUGGGGUACGGGAGGAUGGAACAAUGACCGCACUUGGGUUUUGCUUUACAACACCGAAAGAGACUCAAUCCGGAUCUUUGAUGCUGAGUUAUGGGUGCAGCGACAGGUGGCCAAAGAUAAAUUUGGUGGAGAGAUGGCCGACUUCUGGUUCCAAGACGAUGGGCAAUUCGAGUGGGACAUGGCCGACGGUGCACCACAUGUUCUUCGCGCUAUUGCAAACAAUUACAAGAGUCUAAAGUGGACGCCAUGGCAAACAUCGAACCGCGAGAACGGCUUCGGCGUCCCUCCUGAGACCAUCAAAGCUCUGCUUCAACGCAAUGGCUGGCCAGGCUCAAUCAACUCCACGCAAUACAACGCCGACAUCAUUCGUGCAAAGCACGCACCUUCUGGUCAUGGCCAUGCUGAAGUGGCGCAGAAGCGUGUGGGGGAUCUCGCUGGCUACAACCAUACCAUCGUGGAAGACGGUUACACUCGAUUCGAUACUUACGAGGGCGAAAUAUACUGGGCGGAGCGGCGAAUUGUUCGGGAGCGACAGGCAUACGAGACGGAGAAGGAUGAUGAGGAACGUGCUCUCCAUCAGUAUCGGCUCCAGAAAGCGAUCCAGACUGCCGAAAAUCUUCGCGCAGAACUUGAUUCUGCCAAAGCAGAAGUCGCGAGAUUCUGUCCCGAAGGCGUUUGCGUGGAAGAGGAGGACAUGAUCUUGUGGGAGUUCCUAGCUCUCCAGAGCACCUACGAAGAAGCAAAGUACACAAAACUCAGCUACCCAUGCUAUCGCAAACAGCUACACGAACCGCCAACCGAUCCCGAAUGGCUAGAAAAGUGCAUCACAAACAGAGAAGCAGAGCGGCAGUGGCUGGACCUCGCAUUUACGCAAUCCCAACAAGAAGCCACAGCGCACUGCGCCGCCACCGGCUGCGAACUGCUCCCCUUCAAAGACGUCUUCGAGCGCGCAGGCGACGAGAUCGCGAAUAUCGAGCGCAUGAUGGCCGACCGCACUGCAGAACUCGUGCGCGUGGACGCACUGUACCGAGACCGACUACCGCCGUUGGGUACGAAGGUGCGAGAUGCGAUUGAGAUGGACAAUUCUAUGUUGGCGCACUCGAAAUGGAUGCUGAAGGAGCAGGCUGAGACGAUCGAGGAAGAGGUAGCGAAGCUGGGGCGGGGGGGGAACGAAUGAGAGGGCCCGGAAGUGGCUGUUUGACUAUUUGAGGAAUCACGAGUGAUGAGAAGGGACCGGGUAUCAGGGAGGAUUUGAGAUGAUGAAGCAAAUCGAUUUGAUUGAAGAGUAUGGAAGACUGGUCAUGCCCUCUUCAAGAUAGGCUUUCCACCAGUGUGCAUGUAGAUGCCUCUUGCCUGAGCACUAAUCCUGCGUCUUGCUAAUGAGAUACUCAACGAAGCUGUUAUUGUACGUCAGGCGCUCUGGCUCAGUAAGUGACUGCCAUUCUAGCUCGCGCUUGAUCUUCUUGGGGACGUCUUCUGCUGAGAGUGGUGUUGUCACAACGCUCGUCACCACUUUCUUCACAUCGCUGUUGGAGGAGGAUGUGUAGCUCUCAAUCGUCUUCGUCUGGAGUGCCCAUGACUUAUUCGCAGUAAUGUUUGUAGCAAAG